ACGAUUCCUCAAACUGGCAACUAUUAAUUUGAAUAUUAUUGCAAUUCGCCGCCUAAAGUGGGUGGUUCUGUGAGCCAUAUAAAAGAGCGCGCGGAUUUUUCAAUAGCAUUCGAACUAGUUCAUCCAAGCUAGGCAAUCAAUAAAAAUAAAAAUGAGAUUCGCUGUGGUCGUAUUAGCUUGCGUACUGGCUGUUGCCAACGCCCAGUUCAACAACGGGCAGUACAACCCUCAAGGGGAACAGUACAAGUACAACCAAUACAACCAAUACAGGCCAUACAACCAGUACAACCGGUACAACCAACAGUACAACCAACAAUACAACCCCUACAACAGAUACAACCCUACCCCAGCCUACCCUACCUACAAGCCUUGGUCAUCAACCACCUACGCUCCCCGCCCAUCCGUGACCGUCACUGAAGUCCCACAAGUUAAGGUGACCACAGUCGCCCCACUGGCCUCAAUCGUCCCAGUUGUUACCCCUAAGCCCACCCCAGUCCCAGUCCAGGUCCCAGUUGUGCCAGUCGCAAGAGUGUCCGCCGACGCCCGCUCCGCCGAGACUAUCAGAUCCGGAAACCAAAUUGAAGCUGAUGGUACCUUCAACUACUUCUACGAAACCAACAACGGUAUCGCCGCUCAAGCUCAAGGUGUCCCACGUACCUUCGGUGGAAACCCACCAGUCUCCCCUGAUGUCAUCCAAGGUUCCUUCUCAUGGACCUCUCCCGAAGGAGAAGUCAUCACCAUGAACUACGUCGCUGACGAGAACGGUUACCAGCCAUCAGGCAACGCUAUCCCCCAGCCACCAGAAAUCCCAGCUCAAAUCGCCCGUGCUUUGGCCUACACUGCUAAGUACAUCCAGGCUGCUCCCAUCGCAGCUGCCAGCGCCAUCGCCCAGAACUAAUUCAUAAACGCCUUAAGAAUCUCACCACCCACGCCAUAGACUACAAACUGAACUAGUUGUUAUUUAAUCUGGUUAAAUUGUUAAAAGUUAUCAUCUAGUUAAAAUCCGUUCUGCAUUUAAGUGAUAUGUACAGAUUUAAAUAAAUAGUUAAAAAUCAA